GACACGACCACAGCUCGUCGACUCUCUCUCUCCAUCGCAUCAUCGAUAAUAUCAAAAUCUUCCUAUCAAAACCUUUCCAAACCCUAGCUCCGAUCAUUCUCGAGAACGGCAUCCGUUCCCCUCUCAUCUAGCCGAUUCCACUCCGGCGAGAUCGAUCGGUUUCUCGCUUCCGAUCUCCAGUUGGCCUGGUUUCACACUCUGGAGGCACGGUCGAAUCGCGCUGCGAAAUUGCGGUUUUGAGGCAUGGGGUUGGGUCGGUGAAUGAUGCCGGAGCUGCGUAGCGGAGUGCGCAGGGGCCGGGCGCAGGCGAAACCAGUGAUUCAGGCUGAGAAGCCGAAGACAAGGCGGAGGCGGACGGCGAGGAAUCAGCAGCCAGUGGGCGAGAAUCCGCCGCCGCCGAGGAGGCCUGCUGAGCGUGCGGAGGAGGUCGGUUUAGAGGAAGGUCGCGGCGAGGUUGGUGGAUUGGCCGGGGAGGAGAACGAGGAAGGGGUCGGGGAAAGGAAGAUGAAUGAUCACGAUAGUGGGGCAAAGAGUGCGGAUAAAAUCGCUGGCGGGGAGGACGAGGGGAACGCUGCGCCUCUCCCAGAAAAGGUACAAGUCAGCAAUUCACCACUGUACAAAGUUGAAAGGAAACUAGGAAAAGGUGGAUUUGGACAAGUUUAUGUUGGACGUCGAAUUUCGCCUGCCAACACCAAUGAUAGGACCACUGGUUCUAAUGCUGUAGAGAUAGCACUAAAGUUUGAGCACAGGACCAGCAAAGGUUGUAAUUAUGGUCCACCUUAUGAAUGGCAAGUGUACAACACUCUUGGUGGUAUUCAUGGGGUACCAAAAGUCCAUUACAAGGGUCGGCAAGGGGAUUAUUAUGUCAUGAUUAUGGAUAUGCUGGGACCAAGCCUGUGGGAUGUAUGGAAUAACAACUCACACACAAUGUCUGUGGAAAUGGUCGCAUGUAUUGCAAUCGAAGCAAUCUCCAUAUUGGAGAAGAUGCAUUCAAAAGGUUAUGUGCAUGGGGAUGUGAAGCCUGAAAAUUUUUUACUCGGACCUCCUGGGACUUCUGAAGAAAAGAAAUUGUUUCUUGUUGAUCUUGGCUUAGCCACUAAAUGGAAGGAUAGUUCAACAAAUUCACAUGUUGAAUAUGAUCAACGGCCAGAUGUUUUCAGGGGGACUGUGCGCUAUGCUAGUGCUCAUGCUCACCUUGGGAGGACAGCAAGCAGAAGAGAUGAUUUAGAAUCCCUUGCUUAUACACUUGUCUUUCUUCUCCGUGGUCGUCUACCUUGGCAAGGCUAUCAGGGUGAAAAUAAAGGUUUCCUUGUCUGCAAAAAGAAGAUGGCUACAUCUCCAGAGUCUCUUUGUUGCUUUUUCCCACAACCUUUCAAGCAGUUCGUUGAGUAUGUGGUUAACUUGAAGUUUGAUGAAGAACCUAACUAUGCAAAGUGCAUCUCUCUUUUUGAUGGCAUAGUAGGUCCUAAUCCAGAUAUUAGGCCAAUUAACACUGAUGGAGCUCAAAAGCUUAUAUAUCAGGUAGGCCAAAAAAGAGGUCGUCUAAUGAUGGAAGAAGAAGUUGAUGAACAGCCCAAAAAGAAGAUUAGAAUGGGGUUGCCUGCAAAUCAAUGGAUUAGUGUUUAUAAUGCACGACGACCUAUGAAACAAAGGUACCAUUAUAAUGUUGCUGAUAUGAGGCUUGCACAACAUAUCGAGAAGGGGAAUGAAGAUGGUUUAUUCAUCAGUUGUGUGGCUUCUUCUAACAAUCUUUGGGCCCUGAUCAUGGAUGCAGGCACUGGCUUCACUGCUCAGGUUUAUGAGCUAUCUACAAACUUUCUUCACAAGGAAUGGAUAAUGGAACAAUGGGAGAAAAAUUAUUAUAUUAGCGCACUAGCAGGGACAAACAAUGGCAGCUCCUUGGUGGUUAUGUCCAAAGGUACUCUAUAUGCGCAGCAAUCAUACAAAGUGAGUGAGUCAUUUCCUUUCAAGUGGAUACAUAAAAAGUGGAGGGAAGGUUUUUAUGUUACUGCAAUGGCAACUGCUGGCAAUAGGUGGGCUGUCGUUAUGUCUCGUAAUGCUGGUUUCUCUGAUCAGGUUAUUGAACUCGACUUCCUUUACCCUAGCGAGGGUAUUCAUCGAAGAUGGGAUAGUGGUUAUCGCAUAACAGCAGCUGCUGCAACAGGUGACCAGGCUGCCUUGGUGCUUAGUAUACCUAGAAGGAAACUACCAGAUGAGACACAAGAGACUCUUAGAACAUCUGCUUUUCCAAGUCAACAUGUGAAGGAGAAAUGGGCAAAAAAUCUAUAUAUUGCAUCUAUUUGUUUUGGCCGAACCGUCUCAUGAAGUUGCUGACCUCCACCAGAACCGUCAAGAACUUUUUUGGCAAAUUGCAACACCAUUGGCGGUUAGGAUUAUCUUGUUAAGGCACCUUUCAUUGCUAUUAAUGUGGGAAACGAACUUACUGGUGCCAUUCUAUCAAGUUUCGAAGAUGCUUUGCGUGUGCUAUCAAAAUAUAUUUGGUCUUCGGCAUCUUCAGUAAAUUUAAGCCUGUAUAGUUACUAAUAUUUAGAUUGAGACUGCUUAUUUUUGCAGAAAGUUAACCAUCUAGUGGAUGCAAUCAUUUACUAGGACUGCUGUUUAA